AUGCCUGGCACUUCUGGCGUCAUACCAGUGCCGCGCAACAUCCAAGUCGAUACAAGGGGCGCAGUAAUACUACAAGAAGAAUCGCCUGAGACGAGAGAUAGUAGAGGAAUAUACCUCCCCAAUCAUGUGGAACCAGUGUCACACAUCGCAGUUGACAUUGGUGGCUCGUUGGCCAAAAUCAUUUAUUUCACUCGUUCCCCUGUUCCGCCUCAAUCCUCAACUGAAGAUUCCCUCGACUCAGAAAGCAUAAUAUCAAGCGACUCCAUCCCAUCCACGCCUCCUGAUGUCGAAGACCCUUCCACGUCUCUAUCAAUCCCUGCCAGGCGUCCAAAGCUUACAGGUGCACUGACACCUUUGGUCCUCGAAGGUCCUCGUAUGACCACCAUUUCUCAACGAUUUGUCGGCUGUGGCGGCGAGAACAAAGGGGGUGCCAUUGAAAGCGCCAAGUUACGAGGCGCUCUCCUCCGGCGGCAAACGCUUCAGAAUGUGCCGGGUGGUUCACUCAACUUUGAACGAUUCGAAACAGACAACAUUCAUGAAUGCGUCGAGUUCAUUCAACAGCUCAUUUCCCGCUCGGCGGAUGUAAACCGCGUCUCGAUCGAGGAGAUGCGGAAGAGUGUGAAGAUCAUGGCUACGGGCGGAGGCGCCCAUCGGUUCUACGACUUAUUCAGCACGGAGUUGGGCGUGGAUGUUCAGAGGGAGGACGAGAUGGAGUGUUUGAUCACAGGCUUGGUUUUCAUCACGUCAAUACCAAAUGAGGCGUAUUUCUUCUCGGACGAACUGAUUGCGGAGGUGUCGAAGAGUAAUGGGACCCAUCACGAUUUGCAUGAGCUGCAAAGACCCUCCCCGGACCCACCUCGGUACGGUGUGACGUACGUCAAGGAGCCGAAUGCCCAGCUUCCCUGUCUAUUAGUGAACAUUGGAUCUGGUGUGUCGAUCAUCAAAGUCGACGAGGAUGGAAAAUUUGAGCGUGUGAGCGGAACAAGUUUAGGUGGUGGGACAUUGUGGGGGCUGCUAAGUUUGUUAACGCCCGCAACGUCUUUUGAUGAGAUGCUUACCCUUUCUGAAACGGGUUCGAACGAGAGUAUAGACAUGCUCGUUGCAGAUAUCUACGGACAAGAUUAUGGCCGACUUGGUCUCAAGUCCAGUGUCAUUGCAUCCUCGUUUGGCAAGGUCUUCAAGAAAGGGAAAGAGAAAAAGCAAUUUCGUCCAGAGGAUAUUGCCAAGUCACUGCUGUAUGCCAUAUCGAAUAAUAUCGGACAGAUUGCCUACAUGAACGCGGAAAAGUAUGGCCUCGAGAGAAUCUACUUUGGAGGAUGCUUCAUCCGAGGGCAUGCCGCCACGGUCGCUACUCUCUCGUAUGCCAUACGGUUCUGGAGCAAGGGGACAAAGAAGGCUAUGUUCUUGAGACACGAAGGGUUCUUAGGGGCGAUCGGAGCUUGGCUCAGGAACAUAGACGAGGAAUCUGGCUCACGACCCGAAGACAACUUCACAACAAGCUCUGACCGAACUAUUUAA